AUCUACAAAGAGAGAGAGAGAGAGAGAGAGAGAAAUAGUUUUCUGUUUCUCUAUAGUGGUUGUUAGCCAUGUGACCAUAUAUCCGUAAUUAUGUAUGAAAAUUCAAAGAAUUGAGGUUAAAAAAUCUAUUUAUAAGGAUAAUGUCGCAAAGUACAAUUUGCUUCGACACAGAGAUACGAAAAUUAAGGCCUGCGGAAUUAUAUAAACUGGGACAAAUAUUAAGUAUACAGGAUUCAUGGAAAAAGUUAAUGGCAAUUAUACCAAAGGAUAAUGGUUCUAAUCUGCCAAAAUUUAAUGUUGAACAUUUUAGUAUGAUUGAGCAAGCUGCACAGCAGGGAAAUGCAGCAGAAUUAUUUUUAUCAGAGUGGGGGACAAUUGGUAAAAGGAGACCAACAUUGGGUUAUUUAUUAAGCCUUUUAACAAAAGCUCAGUUAUUUAGAGCUGCAGAUUAUGUUGCUGGAGAACUACUAAAUGAGGAACUUCCAAAACGGCCACAAUACGGACCUGCAGCACCUGUAGAUAUCUCUAACGAAAUAAAGAGAUUAUUGGAAGAUAAGGAGGAACUUGAAAAUUUCAAUUUUAAUGAAUCUUUGGUAUUUGAAUUACCUACGCAAGUUGAUGACAAUGAAACAGUUAAUCCUAAUGUAAUGAAUGAUAGUUCUUUGGAAAGAAAUAUGCAGUCAACACAAUUGAUUUCUUCAAAAAGGAAACACAACAAAAAGCAAUUAGAAAAUAAUGAAGGAACAUUAAAUGCACAAAUGUCAGAUUUGAUAAAAUUUAGUAGUGAAGAAAACGUACAAGAAUGUAGAAAACAAGAACAAGUACUCAAGCAACAAGAAAUAUCAUCUGGUGAAUUGCCUGUUCUUUUAAAUCGGUUCGGACAAUCUGCAGAACAAACGAAAUUAUAUCAAGAAGUAUUAUCAAAAGAACUUCCUGUAUUUUUGAAUAAUACAAUUUCGUCAAAUGAAAUUUUAACCAAUUACGAAACAAAGGAUUCAUUACAUUUAUCCAGUAGAAAUAUUGAUGAAAACGAAAUAUCUUCUACCGAAUUACCGCAAUGUAUUGUUGAUCUUCGUUACUCUGAUAGUACAUACAGUCUCGAAAAUAACACGAAUGUAGCGCAAAAUGCAUUGAGCUCGAAAGAAUUACCAGUUACAGUACUAGAAUAUAAUGAAUAAUGCAGGAUUUAAUUAUUUUAGUAACUAUAUACGUAUUUUAUACUUUCUUCAUUUAUGAAACAUCUAACAUUCCAAAAUGAUGAGCAUUAUUUAUAAAUACAUAUUUUUAUAAAAUAUUUGUAAAGAGAAAAUUAAACUUUGAUUUAGGUAGAUUAAUUUUUCAUAAAAAGGCAUACCAUCCCGUUAUUCUUACAUUAUGCAUAUAUAUACAUAUGGUUUGUUUAAAAACUACAGUGUAUAAAUAAAUAUUAUAAGUUUAUUUUAUGAAAAAUAUACUUUCCUACUCUUAUAUAAAUAUUAUAUUAAAAAUCAAUAUUAUAGUUUUUACAAAUAUAUAUGUUAAGAGAAGUUGAAUUAUAAUAUACAUAUGUAUAUAUAUAGGAAUAGAUUUCUUUUUAUGAACUUUGUUUGUAUGAAGUCAAGUUUGAGAAAUAUGUAAGUAUGUGUGAGUUUCAGAUAAUGUUAUAAAACCUGAUACAUUUCUGGACUGUGGAAUCGAAAUUAAAUAAAUAAUAAUAAUAUUGUAUUAAAAAUCA